CACGUGGGCAGGGACGGGGCGACGUUCAGUUCUGUGGCGUCCGAGGGGUGCAGCCCGCGUUGUGAACCAGAAAGAACGCUCGAAGGGCUCUCCUGACGUUGACAGUCGACGGCUUAAAACAUCGCUAGACACUAAAAGAUCCCUCCCCACCCCCACCUCCUUACCGCAAAAACCUUAAACGGAGCAGGUUGGAGGUAUAUUUUUGUUUUGGAGUGAAAAACAGAAUCGCGUAAACAUUAAACAGGAAGUCACUGUAUAUAUGCCUUGUUUCCUGGGUCCAUGGGAAGCAUGAGUCUGUUGGGACUUGGGACAAGAAGAAACCAAGACAUCUUUACAAGGAAAUCCAGAUACUAACAGAAAGUAUCCCAAAGUCUGAAGAGAUAGAACUCAAACAUGACUGACAGAGGACUUGGGGAUCCUCCAGAGGACCCUCAGAAGGAUUUGGAAAAUGAUCCAUCACUAAAUACUCAGGAGACUACAGUCACUGCAAGUACCACUGAAGAAGCUCACACCCUAGACCCUGCCCCUCGUCUUAACAAAGACCACCAAGAGGUAGAAACAAUUGGCCCAGGAAGUACAGAUAUAGAUGCUCAAUCAGAAAAUCCAGACGAAACAGAUUAUGGGAAAUAUCUAAAGGAUAUAGACGGUGAGAACAGCCAGAGUUUUCAGGGUGGAGAACAAGGCCAUCAGCUCCCUUCAGAGAGUCUGAGUGAAGACCCUGUGGAUCCAGAACCCCAGUGUUCUCCAAGUGACAAGGUAGGAAGAACAGACACACACAUAGCGGGCAGCUCUGCAGCCCUCCCUGAGCACGUCGGUGAUGGACCUGGAGCUUCUCAGGAGCCACCAGUCGUUGACCCUCAGGAUGCCCAGAGCCCUGGCCAUUCCAGCACAGGGCUGGAGAGCCAGCACACACUGAGGAAGCGACUGCUGGCACCAGAGGCUGAGAGACAUCAACAAGAAACACAAGAAUUGGAAGAAAACAAAGAGAAAAAUGCACAGGAUACCAUAAGAAGGACUGAUAAAAAGGAUUUUUUGAGCUAUGGCUCCAUCUUUCUUGGCUUCCUGGUUCUUACCAUAGUUUUGCUAAGUUCUGUUAAUAGCUACUAUUCGUCUCCAGCCCAGCAAGUCCCCAAAAAUCCAGCAUUGGAGGCUUUCUUGGUUCAUUUUAGCCAACUGAAGGAUAAAUUUCCAGGCCAGAGUUCCUUUCUGUGGCAGAGAGCACGUAAAUUUCUCCAGAAGCACCUCAACACUUCACACCCCAGUGAGCCAGCCACCAUCAUAUUCACAGCAGCCCGAGAGGGAAGAGAGACCCUGAAGUGCCUCAGCCAUUAUGUUGCGGAUGCCUACACAUCUGCCCAGAAGGUCUCUGCCAUUCAGAUUGAUGGGGCUGGGAAAACCCUGCAGGACAGUGAUCAGGUCAAGCAUUUAGUUGACAUGGAACUGAGCUCUGGAUUUGAGAAGGGCCAGAAGGCAGCUGUGGUCCAUCGCUUUGAAUCCCUUCCUGCAGGCUCCACCUUGAUCUUCUACAAGUAUUGUGACUAUGAGAACGCUGCCUUUAAAGAUGUGGCCCUGGUCCUGACCGUUCUACUGGAGGAGGAAACGUUAGAAGCAAGCGUCAGCCCAAGGGAAACCGAAGAGAAAGUGCGAGAUUUUCUCUGGGCGAGGUUUACCAACUCUAACACUCCCAGCUCCUUCAACCAAAUGGAUUCAGACAAAUUGAGUGGGCUGUGGAGCCGUAUUUCCCACCUGGUGCUGCCCGUCCAGCCAGUGAGGAGCAUAGAAGAAUGGGGCUGCUUUGUAUAAGCUAAGCACAGAGGUGGUUAUGAUCGGCAUGGGAUUAUUAAAAAGUCAGUUGAAAAGUCUUUUUAUAUGGAAGGAGGUUGAUGAAUGUGGGGAAAUGCCUGGAAAGCACAAACAAGCUUAUUUUAGAAAAGAAAUUUUCAUUUUUUACAUCCCGUAAAAUCUUUCUAAUCUAAGCUUGGCAAAGCUAAAAGUUGACCUGACUUUCUUUCCUUGCCUUUCAAGUGAAUCAGGUAUAUACAACUGAGGAAUUUUUUCCAGUCCAAAAAUAGAGCGACAGAAUGAUUAAGUGGGAAGAUAAUCUCACAGUAACUACAGAGUGAUUUUUGUUUUCUUGAGACUCUAAGGAGCCUUUUGGAUAGUAUUUGGACUCAGAUUAAAGUAAUUACAAUUAUAAAGCAGUUAAAAUUUUUAAAAAUUUUCUAUUACAUGUUAAAUAUUUUAAAAACUCAUUUUAAUAACCUAGUUGCAGGACUACAUCUUAUGCUUUUUUGCACUUUUGAAUAGUAUGAAAAAGGACAAAAGAAUUCAAAUACUUAUUUACCUAAAUACUAUAUGUAAGGCCCUAUGUUUUUCUUCCGUUAAUGAACUCUAAGGAAAAAGCAGCCUGUGCUCAAGAAAUGUUCUUAAAAAUUGGAAACGAUGGGGGAACUGCUUAUAAUCAUUGCAAAUGAAUAAAUUGCAACUGGCUAUAUCUUUGCUUCAAUUUUUCUGAUAUAGAGCAGUGAUUUCCAAGCUGUCUACUGGCCCCUCUCCCUUUUGUAUCAGAGAAGUUCUGCUUUUGCCAUUUUACAUAUUGAGAUCCUACAUAAGAUUUAGUUGGAAUAAAGAGUUCUGCUGAUAAGUUUGAAAAUCACUGAUUAAGGGAAAAGACAGCUUAGAAGAUAGGAAAUGGGUAGAAAGAAAUGAAUUAAAACUCAUGAGUAGGUAGAAGAUGAAGUACAAGUUUAUCAUAGAGACAUGCUAUUUAUGAAGAAUAUAAAGACCUACAGAUGAAUAGCAGAAUGUGUAAACUAGUAUUUACUAGCAUAUUUCUAUGCUUUUGUUAAUUUGUUACUCAGCAUUUCUGUCUCUCCUGACGGAAUUCUGUAUUAUCUAAGAUGAGUUUGAAUGCUUUAUGCAGAACUGAUUUUAAUAACCAAUUGAAUAGUAGCUUUUUAUAUGGGUACAUUGGCAUAACUUUACCAUACUGUUUGCUUAUUGUACAGUGAUGGAACAUUAUAUAAUGCAGCUCAUUUCUUGACCUUCUAGUUAGAAGUACUAGUAGGUUAACAAUUAGAAAAAUGCAGAAGCUAUUAUACUUAGUGAGAGGAAGUAGAAAUGGUAGGUAGAUUCUAAGAGGUUUUAACAGCUAGUGUUAAUUGUUGGAUCAUGUUCUGUGAUUGUAAGAAAGCUCUAGAACAGUGUUUAUGGAGACAGUGAUUAUUGAUUUGCAUUUCAACCCCUAAAGCAGAAACUUUAGUAAAAUGAUCUUGACCAAGUGAAGGAUCUAACCCAUUACAUGGCAUACCUAGGAACUAUCGCCAUGAACCUAGAAUAUUUCAGCUAAGUUUUGACCUUUAAAGUCCAGUGACUAAAGGGUGGAAGGAUUUUCAAAAACAGUAAGAAGAUAUAGGGGUCUUUAUUGAUGCCUAUAGAGAGAUAAUAAAGAUAUGGGAGGAAGAAGCCAUUGACAGUGUUUGUCACAGGAAAACAUAUAAAUUUGUUCUAACCAAGACCUGACACUGUGCUUAGCGGAGUGUAGGGCCACAUACCUAAAGACACUGUUUUCACUGGGGCCUUGGAGAAGGACUCUUCCGCUAGAUUUGAGGCGAGACCUUCCUGAACAAAAAGUUAAAACAUAGUGUAUAUAAGAUCAAUAUCAAUACAGUAUAAAAUCAGUAGAAAUGAAAGGAAAAUCUAUAUACCAUAUUAAAUUUUUUUUCAAUAUUUCUAGAUAUCAGAUGCUAGCAUUACAUCACACAAAACCAGUGGUGCCUUGUAGAACUGAUGACUGCUGACCUGUGCUACCUCGGAUCUAUAAAGAACCAGUGUGGAGUAUGCACAUGACAUCAGUGAUGCACAUACUAUGACUCAGAUCAUAGACAGAGAUCGUUUCUUCAUUCAGUUGACUAUGGUGUUUCCUCAUUUCCUUUCAGUAUAAUUUAGAAGAACAUUUCCAAAUGUCACUUUUUUUUUUUUUUUUUUUUUUAACUCUUUGGUCUGUUAAAAACGGCUUCCCUGGUGGCUCAGCUGGUAAAGAAUCCACCUGCAAUGCGGGAGACCUGGGUUUUAUCUAUGGGUUGGGAACAUCUGGAGAAGGGAACGGCUACCCACUCCAGUAUUCUGGCCUGGAGAAUUCCAUGGACUGUAUAGUCCACGGGAUCGCAAAGAGUCAGACACGACUGGGCGACUUUCACUCAUUCACUCACGUCGUUAAAAAAGUCUCCUCCAAUGUAUAAGUACUGAAACUGUUGUCAGUUUUCUGGCCACUAUUUCAAAAAUCAUUUUUAAAAGAAGCAGUAUGUUAGCUCUGGGUCUUCUCAUGAAUAAAAUGAUUAUUCUUAAAGCAUAAAACUUUAUUUUUUAAAUGUACAAAUAAAAUCUAUUAUAUAAUGUACUCAAGUUAAUUUCUAUUCAGUUGUACCUUUUUUUUUUUUUUUACAUUUUUCAAGUUUCCAAAUUUUCUUUUAUGUUCAGCUUUCAUUACUGUAAUAGAUAGUUUGUCUGACUUCGAACAAUGACUUGUGGGCGUACGAUAACCAUGCAUGAUAUCCAAGCAUCGCCAUUUAAUUAUUAUCACAGAAAAUUCUCAUUAUGUUAUACAUUAAUGUAAGUCACUUCUUUGAGUGAUACCAGAGUUCUGAAAGCAACUGGUAGAACUAUAGACCAUCUCUAGACUUAAGUGUCUUUCCCCAUGGGGUAAAUUUUGAGUUUCCCAGUUCCCAAGGGUUAGCAGUGAAGUUCUAGAGGAUUCAUAAAACCAAAGGUAGCAAUGCUGUUGUUUUUAUUUUGAAUUUUUAAAUCAACUAAGUAAUUUAAAUAAAUUUCAUCUGAAACCUGCCAAGCUUAUGUGGUGAGUAAGGUUCAGCAGGCCUGUGACCCACCAUCCUCCAGGUGAAGACCCAGGUAAACAGUGUUAGCUGCUGAGGUGGUUUGGUCCCUUUCACAGUUUUUAAUUAUUUGAUGUAUAUAGGAAGCAUAAGGAGCACUGGUGUUAAAACUACAAUGAAUUCAGCAUGUGAAAGUGGUAAUUCAGUGAGGUGCUCUUCACUGGGACUGUGUUUGCAUACAUCUGACCAGUUUUUAUGCAGCAUAAUCAGGUGUCUAGUACUUCAAAACCUAAGCAGAAGAUAUAAUCAUUAUAUCUGAUUAUCAUUUAAUGGGAAUAAAUCUUAUAUCUAUAUACAGUUUAUUGAUAAAGAAGGACUUCCAAAUAGGAACCUGACACCUUAUUUUUAUCAUCUGGAAAUAAAUAAUUAUAAAAGUAAGACAUCUUUAUAAAGCCUUCUCUAUAUCAUUUUAUAAAAGCAGUUUUUAAUCUAUUUGUCAUUGUUGCAUUUGUAAUUAAAUACUAAUCUUCAUUUUAAUAUUUUGUCAAUCUGAGCAUAAUAUAUUUCACUUUGAAAUUUAUUUAUUGGAAAGUCAUAGUGGUUCUGUUUUCUGUUUGUGUUUUUCCAAAAUUAAAAUACCUGGGACACUAUAUCACUUGCUCAAUGGGACUGUUGAUAUUUGUCUUUAUAUGUGUAUUAUGAUUAUUGUUAAUGAUUACAAAUACUAUAGUCCAUAGAAAUAUGAUGAAAUGAUUAUUUUAAAAUAUUUCUAAGGGUUCUAUGAGUUUAUGAAAUACUGAGGCUUGUGAGUCACAUGGGGAAUACUUGUUUUGAAUAAUGCAUUUACAAAGAAGAUGUUACCAAUUCUAGAGAGAACUAACUAAAAAUAUCUGUGUGAAACAGUUUUCCAGGUGACUUAAUUUAAGAUAUCCCUUAUUCCUAUUAUGUUAAGUUUUAGGGUUUAGGCUUAAAGUAGCUGAUGAUGGGGGGCCUAAAUUUGCCUCAUUCAGAGACUGGGCUACUGAAACUUAUUUCCAAAAUACUGCCCUAUCAGAUCUGUAUAUGGCAGUGCUCCUCGACUGGUUUUAAAAAUUUACUAACUAUUUAAGAGCACUAGCCUUGUCUAAAUGGCCUGAGAACACAACUAGUAUCCCGUAAUCUGUAAAUAAUUGGUAAAGAUACAAAUAAUUUAGUCUUCAAUGCCUUUCUUCCCAAGGUUACAUGCUCUGUUUACUUCAGUUUGUUUUGAUGGCUUUAAAAAUCCGUAGAUUGGUUCCUAUACUGAGAAAUGCUCUCCCACUUUUCCUUAUUGAGGCUCUUAAACUAAAUUUGUCCUUGGCUAAGAGCAGUCACCUGAACCAGAAAGAACAUUUUGGAUUUGGGAAGCAGCGGGCUGAGUAGGUAGGAAGAUGUGACGCUUGGCACCCCCGCCCACAGCAGUCAGAUCCUUGUUCCUGUGCCCACACUGGCCUCUGCCUUCUCAGCCCAAAGCUUCAGGCAGUUGGUUCUGGUUGGUCAGAUUACAGGAGAUUAAAAUCAGUUUGUCAUCCCUGUCAUAAAAGGAAGCACACAUUGACCUUCAAACAACUGCAUUUUGCUUUUUUUUCUACUUAACAAACAUAAAUGGGCUUUGCCCAUAUUAAUGUCAAAAUUCUGCGUAUUUCCCCUUCUUCCUUAUGUAACCAUGAUUGUGUUUGCAUUUGUUUCUCAUAGAUGUUGACAAAUGUGCCUUAUUCAAACUAGUUACGUGGUUUUACCAAAAAUAAAUCUCCUUAAUUUUU